AUGGAGUACAUCCCUGCGGUCUUCAAGGCCGUCAGCGUCACCUUCUCCGGCCUGGCAAUGUGGAUCGGCGCGAACGGCGUGUUCCGACCGACAUCUUUCGCAGCAGGCUUCGGGAUCCCAAUUGACAACACUGGAAAAGCUCCGCGUGGCGGCGACAGAACACAGCACCAGUCCGCAACCAGCGAACCCACGACUCGGGCAUACGUCAGACUGAUGGGUAUAAGAGAGCUCGCGACGGGCGUCAUCCUCGCGCUCUUUGCGCGGCAGGGCAAGUGGGACGAGAUGGCCACGAUCCUGGUAACGAUAGGCGUCCUGGUGGCGGGCACCGAUGGGCUCUUCCUCGCCAGGGUCGCGGGCCGGACGGAUCUGGGUGUGUUUCACGCCUUGCCUGGGGGAAUGAUUGCGUUGCUAAGCGGGCUGUUUCUUUGGCAGCGGACGUGA